AUGGAUGCAGGGUCACUAGCUGACAGACACUUUUUAAUAAACAGAAACAUCAUAAAAGAACGCUCCCUCAGGCUGGAGUCGAGCUGUGAGAGCGGAUCUCAGCAGGAGCUGGAGCACAAAGUCAUCUCUGUGGUAAAGAAUCAGCUGAAGAGGUUUGUGAAGCUUCUAAAUCUGAAUUACCCAGCAUGCUCUGAGAGAGAGGUGGAGAAUGAGGAGGAUCAGAUUGUCAGAGAGGGAGCAUUAAAGAUCACACUGCACCUCCUGAGGAACAUGAACCAGACAGACCUUGCUAACACACUACAGACCAAACUGGCUCCUUCUCAUCAAAAGCUCAAAUCCACACUGAAGGAAAGGUUUCAGAAAAUUAAUGAAGGAAUCACAAAUUCUGGAACCUCAAUACCUCUGAAGAAGAUCUACACAGAGCUGUACAUCACAGAGGGCGGGAGUGGAGAGGUCAAUAAUGAACAUGAGGUCAGACAGAUUGAAACAGCAUCCUGGAGACCAGCAACACAGGAGACCCCAAUCAAAUGCAACGACAUCUUUAAAGACAAACCCAUCAGAACUGUGCUGACUAAAGGAGUCGCUGGAAUUGGAAAAACAGUCUCUGUGCAGAAGUUCAUUCUGGACUGGGCUGAAGGAAAAGCCAAUCAGGAUGUUCUCUUCAUAUUUCCACUUCCUUUUAGAGAGCUCAACUUGAUGAAGAAGAAGAAGCUCAGUCUGGUGGAUCUUCUUCAUCAGUUUUUUACAGACAUAAAAGAAUUAAAACCAAGAGACUAUGAUGAUUAUAAAGUAAUGUUUAUCUUUGAUGGUCUGGAUGAAUGUCGACUUCCUCUAGAUUUCCAGAACAAUGAGAGCUUAUUUGAUGUAACACAGUCAGCCUCAGUGGAUGUGCUGCUGACAAACCUCAUCAAGGGGAAUCUGCUUCCCUCUGCUCUCCUAUGGAUAACUACUCGACCAGCAGCAGCCAAUCAGAUUCCUCCUGACUGUAUUAACCAGGUAACAGAGGUACGAGGGUUCAGUGACCCUCAGAAAGAGGAAUACUUCAGGAAAAGAAUCAGUGAUCAGAGCCUUGCUGAAAGAAUCGUUACACACAUGAAGUCCUCAAGAAGCCUCUACAUCAUGUGCCACAUCCCAGUCUUCUGCUGGAUUGCAGCCACUGUUCUAGAGAGGAUGUUGGGUGAAGCAGAGAGUGGAGAGAUCACCAAGACUCUGACUCAAAUGUUCACACACUUCCUGAUCUUUCAGAUCAAACACAGCAGCCAAAAGUACCCAAAAAGUGACAUUGAUCAUGAGCAGACUAGAAAGAUCAUUCUGGCGCUGGGAAAACUGGCUUUCCAACAGCUGGAAAAAAGAAACCUGAUCUUCUAUGAGGAAGACCUGAGAGAGUGUGGCAUUGAUGUCAGAGAAGUGUCAGUGUACUCCGGAGUGUGUACUCAGAUCUUCAGAGAAGAGUUUGUGCUGAACCUGAGGAAGGUUUUCAGCUUUGUGCAUCUGAGCGUUCAGGAGUUUCUGGCUGCUUUAUAUGCAUUUCUUUCCUUCUCACACUAUAAAAAUGUACUACCUGGAUUUCUCAAUUUGUUCAAAAAGUCAACAGUGUCUGACUUCCUCAAGGCUGCAGUGGACAGGGCCUUGCAGAGUGACAAAGGACACCUGGACCUUUUCCUUCGCUUCCUUCUGGGUCUCUCACUGGAAUCCAAUCAGACUCUCUUACGAGGCCUACUGACACAGACUGGAAAUAGCUCUUAUAGCAAACAGGAAAUAGUCCAGUACAUCAAGGAGAAGAUCAGGGAGAAUCUCUCUCCAGAGAAAACAAUCAGUCUGUUCCACUGUCUGAAUGAACUGAAUGAUCAUUCUCUAGUGCAGGAAGUUCAAGCAUACCUGAACAGAGAAAGUUCCAGGGGCCUCCGUGGAGCUAAUCUCUCUCCUACUCAGUGGUCAGCUGUGGCAUUUGUGAUGCUGAAUUCAGAAGAGGAGCUGGAUGAAUUUGACCUGAGUAAAUUUGACAGAUCAGAGAAAUGUCUUCUGAGACUGCUGCCAGUGGCAAAAUUGUCCAGAAAAGUUGUGCUACAUGACUGCAAUAUUACAGAGAAAGGCUGUGCUGCUCUGGUUUCAGCUCUGAAAUCAAACCCCUUACACCUGAGAGAGCUGAAUCUGAACAACAAUAAGCCAGGAGAGUCAGGAGUAAAGCUGCUCUCUGAUCUACUGAAGGAUCCACAAUGUAAACUGGAGACAGUACAGCUGUCUCACUGCAGUAUCAUAGAAAAAGGCUGUGCUGCUCUGGUUUCAGCUCUGAAAUCAAACCUCUCACAUCUGAGAGAGCUGAAUCUGAGCUGCAAUAAACCAGGAGAGUCAGGAGUGAAGCUGCUCUCUGAUCUACUGGAGGAUCCACACUGUAAACUGGAGAAUAUACAUGUGUGUGACUGCAGUAUUACAGAGGAAGGCUGUGCUGCUCUGGUUUCAGCUCUUAAAUUAAACCCCUCACACCUGAGAGAGCUGAAUCUGAACUGGAAUAACCCAGGAGAGUCAGGAGUGAAACUGCUCUCUGAUCUACUGGAGGAUCCACACUGUAAACUGGAGAAACUACAGCUGAGUUGGUGUGAUCUCACAGAGAAAAGCUGUGCAGUUCUGUCCUCAGCUCUCAACUCAAACUCCUCAAGUCUGAGAGAACUGAACUUGGGUUUCAAUGAACUUCAGGAUUCAGGAGUGAAGCUGCUCUCUGCCAGACUGAAGAAUCCACACUGUAAACUGGAGACACUGAGUCUGUCUGGCUGCAGUAUUACAGAGGAAGGAUGUGCUUCACUGGCUUCAGCUCUGAAAUCAAACCCCUCAUACCUGAGACAGCUGGAUCUGAGCUGGAAUAAACUAGGAGAGUCAGGAGUGAAGCUGCUCUCUGAUCUACUGAAGGAUCCACACUGUAAACUGGAGAAACUACAACUGCGUGGUUGUGAUCUCACAGAGAAAAGCUGCACAGUUCUGUCCUCAGCUCUCAGCUCAAAUUCCUCAAGUCUAAGAGAACUGAACCUGAGUGGGAAUAAUCUGCAGGAUUCAGGAGUGAAGCUGCUCUCUGCCAAACUGAAAAAUCCACACUGUAAACUGGAGACACUGGGGCUGCGUGAUUGUGAUCUCACAGAGAAAAGCUGCACAGUUCUGUCCUCAGCACUCAGCUCAAAUUCCUCAAGUCUAAGAGAGCUUAACCUGAGUGGGAAUAAUCUGCAGGAUUCAGGAGUGAAGCUGCUCUCUGCUGGACUGCAAAAUACACACUGUAAACUGGAGACACUGGGGCUGUCUGACUGCAGUAUAACCAAGGAAGGCUGUGCUGCUCUGGUUUCAGCUCUGAAAUCAAACCCCUCACACCUGAGAGAGCUGAAUCUGCUCUCCAAUAAACCAGGAGAUUCAGGAGUGAAGCUGCUCUCUGAUCUACUGGAGGAUCCACACUGUAAACUGGAGACACUACAGUGA